AUGGAGGAGAAUGCCGGGAGCUUGGGAGGCGGUUCCCAGGACUGCGUGCGGGGUUCAGUGUCAGACUCGGGGUCUACGGAGCUGUCCCAGAGCAACAGCCCUGGUGCACGUUACUGCGCUUGCGCCACUCCUCGCUCCGCCCCCAACCGUGAGGGCGAGGGGCGGGGCGACGAAGGGGCUGGAAGACGGCCUACAGCUCUCCCGGAACAUUUAGGGGCGGGGAGCCCGGAAACUGCAGGAUCGCAGGAGCAGUGUGAACCUUGUGCACGUUCCUCUGAUCGCAUUUUAUCCCCGCGUGCUCUUCUGGGGCGCGCGUUCUCCGGCGUCCUGGCUGCCCCAGCGGUGGCCGUCAGGGCAGUGGCCUGGCUGCUUCUCUGGGAGGCGGCUUGGUUCACCUGCUCGCCAGCCACAACGUUCAACAACACCCACUUCGUCUCCGGCAUAAGGGUCACUUGUUCUGAAAUUAUUUUGAGACAAGAAGUUUUGAAAGAUGGUUUCCACAGAGACCUGUUAACAAAAGUGAAAUUUGGAGAAAGCAUCGAGGACUUACAGACCUGCCGACUCUUAAUUAAACAGUACAUCCCAACAGGACUUUUUGUGGAUCCGUAUGAGUUGGCUUCAUUACGAGAGAGAAACAUAACAGAGGCAGUGAUGGUUUCGGAAAAUUUUAAUAUAGAGGCUCCCAACUAUUUGUCCAAGGAAUCUGAAGUUCUCAUUUAUGCUAGACAAGAUUCACAGUGCAUUGAUUGUUUCCAAGCUUUUUUGCCUGUGCACUAUCGCUAUCAUCGGCCACAUAUUAAAGAUGGAGAAACUUUUAUUGUGGUCCAUAACCCUGAUUUAUUGAUGUAUUGUGACCAAGAGUUUCCAGUCUUGAAAUGCUGGGCUCAGUCAGAGGUGACAGCUCCUUGUACUUUGAACAGUAAGGAUAUCUGCCAAUGGAACAAUAUGAAAUAUAAAUCAGUAUACAAGAAUUUGACUCUACAAGUUCCAGUGGGGCUGACCAUACAUACCUCCUUAGUGUGUUCUGUGACUCUGCUCAUUUCCAUCCUGUGUUCUACUUUGAUCCUUGUGGCUGUUUUCAAAUAUGGCCAUUUUUCCCUAUGAAUUUUAUGCAGUUAAAUACUUUCCAUAAACCUAAAUAAGACCGAACUAUUUGUGACUAGAAGUGUUCUUCUAGAAUUAUGUCAUUACUUUUGCCUUUUGUCUUCAUUUAUGGCUAAUACUAUGUUUACUAGAGGAAAUUCUGGAUCAUUCUCAACUAAUUUCAAAAUUCAGUGCUCUAUUGUGUAGACCUCUAAUAAUCCUCAAGCAUCAGGGGCCAAUACAGGAAACUUAGUUCUGUUAAAUUAAUAUUAUUUAUGAGAAGUGACUUAAUCUUCAUUUGGGUUAUAAAUAAGUACUUUAUUAGAGACAAAUUAUUGCUAAAAAUUGAGAAAAUUGUUAUGAAUAAGACUAAUUUGGAUGAAUCAGAUUUUAUUUAAAUAUUAGUUUUAUAAGAAUAUUAAUUUGUGCAGUUUCAAAGAAAAUCAUUAAAGUAGGACUUCUAAGAAUAUCAAAAUUGAUUAUUCCUUGAAGCUUUUCCAUUCUCUUUUUAUAAUACUGCUUUUGAAUAUAUGAAUUGGCAAAGGAUUGAUGGAGUUAAAUACUAAUAUUAAAAAGUAUAUUUUACUAAGUUGUAUAGUUAUAAAAGUUUUUGAGUCUUCAGAUGAUUUUUUUUAAGAACAAAAGGUGUUGGUUUAUUGUUUUUCUUUGGAAAAAUUAGAAAAUAAAGCAAAUGCCUAAGCUAAUUAAGAAAUAAAAGGGCAAGCAUCUUCCAAAACAGAAGCCAAUAAACUAGGGUAUGUUUUGUAUAGCAUAAUGGGAUAUGAUAUACUUUAUAUAUGCUAUCACUGGUUAAUUUCCUAAAACAUUCUGGUAUUUUUUAAUGGGAAUAAAUAUUUCUAAUUUGCCAUGUUAA